GCGCGGACCAUGGCGGCUUUGCCGCCCGGAACCAAAGCCCUUGGACUGCCUCUCUGCCGCUUCUUCUCCGGCGGCGGCGUCCGGCUGGCCCGUGAGCGCGGUUCGGAGCGCAGGGAUGCUGCGUCCAGCCGGGUCUCAAGAUUCUGCCCUCCAAGACAGUCUUGCCAUGACUGGAUAGGCCCCCCGGAUCAAUACUCAAACCUUCGUCCUGUUCAUUUUCACGUCCCUGAAGACGAGUCCCCCUUGGAACAAAGGCUUAGAGAAUUGAGGCAAGAAACACAGGAAUGGAACCAGCAGUUCUGGGCCAACCAGAAUUUGUCUUUCAAUAAGGAAAAAGAAGAAUUCAUUUACUCAAGACUCCAAGCUAAAGGCUCAGGCCUUCGAACCAAGUCAGGUCAGAGAGCAACGCUGGAUGCGGAGGAGAUGGCUGACUUUUAUAAGGAGUUUCUGAGUAAGAAUUUCCAGAAGCACAUGUGCUAUAACCGGUGGUUCUACCCCAACUUACCCUUGGCUGGGGAAGCCUCGGGAGGAAUUAUACCACUCCCCCGUAGGACCUGCCUUCCCUUCAGCCUCCCACACUUUGCCAUUACAACCUCGGCUCCACAGCUGUAUCUGCAGCCUGUGUCUGAUGUAGCCCAGGUUGGCUUGGAACUUGCUCUGUAGCUGAGGAUAACCUUGAACUCCUGAUCUUCCUGGGAUUUCAAGAAUGUGUCACCACACCCUGUCCAGUGCGUUUCUCCUGAGUUUCCAGACCCCUGCAGUCCCGGCCUGCCCCCUUGGGGUGAGUUCCACCAGAGGAGGAGGUACGUGGUUCUCUUUUCCAAGUACCGUACCGUGUGUGUACCUAAUAUAUGGGGCUGAGACAUCUGUCCUCGGCUGUCUCCAGCUGCACUUGAACACUGGGGAGCUGCUGCAGAAGGGAACGGAGGCCGGUCCUGGGGUGAAGGUGUAGGCACGCAAAGCUCGCCCUGGGGACUGUCACAGGCCUGUGGGUGUGCUGGCCGUCAUGGGACGGGAUGCACAGGAGGCAGGGCUGCUGGCCCACCAGGGAGACGGAGACCCUUCCGCCGUGCCCCCUCUUCAACGGCUGCAGAGCGGUGAGCCCUCCGAGCCAAAGCCAGAUGACAGAGAUGGGCUUAGACGGCCUGUGACCCAGGCAGGCAGAAGCCAAGGGGAGCUUGGAGUUUUCGUGAGUUGGCAAUGUAGCUCGGUGGUAGAGCACUUCAUCCAGCUUUCACACCUGGGGUUAGUUGGUAGCUUGGGAUCGAACCCAGGGCCUUUUGCAUGGUAGGUGGCUCACACUAACAGUCCCCGGGGCUUCUAGGUUUUUUUGAGGGUCUCUCUGUGUGGCCCUGGCUGUCCUGGAAUUCACUCUGUAACCCAGGCUGGCCUCAGACUCAGAGAUCUUCCUGCCUCUGCCUCCUGAGUGCUGGGAAGAAGGGCCUGCUCCGCUACCACCUGAUUCCGUCAGGGCGUUUUUCAAUGGCGAGAAAGUGCUAAACUGUUCCCCGAUGCUGAAGUCUAAGGGUGUGGUGGCCAGCACAGCUGCUGCCGUUUCAGAGAACUCAGGGGAGUAGGCUAAAGCCGGCCAAGGCAUCCGACAGGGUGGAGAGCUAAGGAAAUUAUAGUAACAUGGAGUCCCAGCUGUUACAGGAUACCCUCAACUUUGGCUUUUAAUAGGUAGCUCCUCCCAGGAUCCAAGCAGGAACUGGGUGCGGUUCACAUCUGGUGGGUGAGAGGAAAGUUAGCAGCAGAGGUCUGUGGUGCCCCCUCGAGGAACCUGCACCCACACUUCGGGUUUUUCAAGUGGGAAAACAAACACGAGCUGUACUGAGGAACAGAAGGCCGGAGGAGCCCAGGCACCCAGGCUGAGAAGGGCCAAGAGAGGCCAGCAACUGACCUGAUCCUGUACCUCCUGCAGCUGCAGCUCGGGGGGCCUCUGGCUGGGUGGUGCUCCCACCACUCAGGUUCAUCAGAAAAGGAAGAGAGGGCCUGGAGGGCUCAGUGCUUGCCCAGCAUGCUCAGGGCCUGGGCUCUGCCUGCACGGCAUAAACAGGGUACAGAGGUGAAUUUCUGUAAUUCUAGAAUUCAGAAGAGACAUGGAGGAUCAGCAGUUCAUUAACUACAGUCAGGACUACGAGUACCUGUCUCCCUGCUAAAAGUAAAGUUAAAAGAAAGGCAAGUGUUGAUGGAUGCUGUUGUGUAGACAUGUGACACACUCUAGUAACCUCCCAAAAUCCAUCAAGAGGGCCAGUGAGAAGGCUCAGUGGGUAGAGGCACUUGCUGUGUAAACCCACUGACUUGAGUUCAAACCCCAGACCUUCCUUAAAGGUGGAAGGAGAGAAACAGCUCCAGACAAUUCUUUGACCCCCAUACACACAACAACAAUAAUAAGCGGGGUACCCCCCCAAGACCCUUAGAUAUGAACUGAGCAUGGCAGCUCCUAUCUGUAAUUGUAGCACUCAGAAGGCCAAAGCAGAUGGAGCUCAGACUCAUGGCUGCAUACACGAAGGAAGAGGAAGUUUAAGGCUGAAAGGUGCCGGUGUGGUAGCUAGCGUAUGCCUGGAAGGCAGAGGCAGGAGGAUUGCUGCAAAGUUUCCGUUAACCUGGACUACAGCGCUGACUUCUAGGUUAGAGCUAAGUCUAUGCAUCAACACCUGACCCAACAAAAGUAAAGAACACUUGCCUUGCAUGCACGAGGCCCUGGGUUCAGUCGUCAGAACGGCAAGAUUAGUUCUGUGUAUGGAGCCCAGGCUGCCCUCUGGAUCUUCCAGUCUCAGCUCACUCAGUGCAAAGGUUACAGGCAUACCAGCACCCGCACCCAGUUCUGCUGCUGAUUUCUGCUGCUGCUGCUGCUGUUUUUCCUUGUAGUGAAACACCCCCGGCGUUAUGAUUUCAGCCUUCCUGUAUGUGUGUUUGCACACGUGUGGUGUUGAGAGUUGAAGUGAGUGUCCGUACUCCCAAAUUCCAAAAGAUAAAUAUGUACUAAGAUAGGCUUAGAUAGUCCUUAGAGCUCAGCCUGGGGGUUCUGGUGCUCGGCCACACAGACUGUAGCUGAGGUCUGCUGGGGGGCUUUCCUGGGAGCCAGGAGGCUCCAGUUGAAUCUAUAAGCAACAAACCCAAAGAGAAGAGCCAAGCUCUCCCCGAGGCAUAGCAGAGCGGGUAGAAAUGCUAAUUACGGGCUGGGGGUGACCCUCAGGGGCGGGGAGCUUGGCUGGCAUGCAUGGGGCCUGCAUUCCACCUCAGCAGCACGCAUGCCACGCUGCAUGAUCCUGUGUACACGAGACACUGAGAGUAGUCAGCACCACAGUGGCGGACACCUGCUGGGGUCACCCUUGCCGAGCUCCAUGAGAAUGGAGUGUGGGACCAGCGCUGUGCAGGCUGCAGUGCUACGGAGGCAGCAGGCUUUCCCUCCUGCCGGUGUGAGCCUGCACCCUCCUACACGCCCCACUGAGGAAUCCUGCUGCAGUGGCAUCAGACUUGCAGGCUCCAGAAUCCCCUCUGGAGAAGAGACUUCCUCCAAAACGGUGUUGGUGACCACCCAUCCUCCUUUCUCCCUCUUCCCUGACUCCUGCCUGGAAACCAGCUUGGCCAAAGGCUCAUGUGAUAAAACCUCCAUUGUCCUCAAAAAGGCAGAAGAAGAAACCUUUCUUCUGGCCCGUGGGCUUGGCUUCCUCUCCUCAGCCUCUAUGAUGCUGCUUUCUGUCCAUUGCGUUAAAUAAACCUUGUGAUCUCAAGAAACGCCUUUGUCUUCAUGUCCUCUAUUGUCUGAGACCUUCAAGUUCCAACUUUCAUUUUCAGUGCUGGGCAUGUUAGACUUACUGGCAAGUGCUCUGACACUAAGCCACACCCUUGGCCCUCACGGUGUCAGUCUUAAGAGAUGAGAAGGAUCACAGAGAUCAGUGAUGAUGAUGGUUGUAAAUGAUUAAUAUGUUAAUUAAUGCUAAAUAGUCGUAAUGGUUUAGAUGGUUAAUUUCACAUUGGGUGUAGUUUACUGCAAUAAAAAUAGGAGGGGAGAUAUUCAGGCAUCAGACUGAGGGACAUAAUCACAAACAUGUUUCUGACUAAGGUCUGACACCCAGCUCCUAGGACUCAGUAACAAGACAGCUCCAGGCAGGCGUUUUGGUGAUGCUUGUCAUUCUAGUCCACAUGAGUUUAAGGUGGGACGACAUGAGUUUGGGUAUAUAAUGACCCAAAAAAGAAACCAAAAAGACCUCCCUUCCCCCCCACCAAGGAAAAAAAAAACCCAAGCCAACCCAGGCAUGGUGGCACUCGUCUUUCAUACCAGCACACAGGGAGGCAGAGACAGGUGGAUCUCUGUGAGGUUGGGGCCAGCCUGGUCUACAAAGCAAGUCCAGGUCAGCCAAGGCUACACAGAGAAACCCUGUCUCAAAAAACCAAAGGGAAAAACAACAAAAAAACAAAACAAAAGCCAAAGCCAAAGAUUUGAAUAUACGUUUGACAAGAUAGAUAUGUGAACUGGGGUGUGGCUUAGUUCCUAGUGCCUAUCCAGUGUGCAUGAAGCUCUGAAUUCUAUUUCCACUACCUACAUAUAAAAUAAGCAUGGAGUAAAGAAAAAGUUCACGGUCACCCUUGACAACCUUUGGUGACUCGGAGGCCAAGCCUUGGCAACAUGAGACCCCAUGUUUUAAACAAAACUAAAGGUAGAUAUUGUGCUUUGAAUAGGACUGGUUCCUCACAGACUCAGGAGUUUAAAUGUUUGGCCAUAGGGUGUGCUACUGUUAGGAUGUAUGGCCUUGUUGGAGGAAGUGUGUCACGGUGGGGGCGGGCUUUGAGGGCUCCUAUUCCCAAGCUUUGUCCAGUUGGCUCACAGGCCCCUUCU